AUGAUCGUUCGUCCCCAGCUACUCCUCCCUCUGCGCGGACGCGUCGUCAUCCGGCCGUUCUCGGUAUCGCGUGCCCGUUGGGAGGGCGCGCCUCUGCCGGCAAGGAAGCCCGUGGGAGCUUUCCGAGGAGGGGUCUUCGGCUUUCUGACCGGGGCGGUUGCCGCGGGCGCGUCGGUCUACUACUAUGUGCUAGGAGACUACCGCGUUGCCAAUGAGAUGCUGUCGGAUGACAUCUCGGCACUGCAGUCGGCCACGCUCAAGCUUCAAUCGUACAUUACGGAGCUGGAGGGCAAGGUGGAUCAGCUACAGAAGAAGAAAUGA